AUGCGACUUAGGACUGCAUCUGGAGACGUGGUCCCUAUCAACUUGGAAAUCGAAGCCACUUGUCGGCGUAACAACGCUGCAAGAAGAAGAAGGGAACAGGACACCGAAGGAAGCAGUCACACAUCACCUCCUCUCUCUCCACAUCACGCUGAAAUGGAUGGGGAACAGGCACGAAGAGUCACCCUAGAGGACUUCUCCAACACCGCCACUCCUCAGUUCUUCACAAGUAUUGCAAGACCGGAGGUGCAAGCCGCAAAUAUCUCCUACCCGCAUUCCCUUAUCCAGCUGAUUCAAGGGAAUCUCUUCCAUGGUCUUCCAAGCGAAGAUCCUUAUGCUCACCUUGCCUCGUACAUCGAAAUAUGCAACACAGUAAAGAUUGCUGGAGUUCCAGAAGAUGCGGUACGCCUCAACCUCUUCUCUUUUUCUCUAGCAGGAGAGGCAAAACGAUGGUUGCACUCCUUCAAAGGCAACAGCUUAAGAACCUGGGAAGAAGUAGUGGAAAAGUUUUUAAAGAAGUACUUCCCAGAGUCGAAGACCGCCGAAGGAAAAAUGGAGAUUUCCUCCUUCCACCAAUUUCCGGAUGAGUCUCUCAGCGAAGCACUAGACCGUUUUCACGGGAUGUUACGAAAGACACCGACACACGGAUACAGCGAGCCGGUACAACUGAAUAUAUUCAUCGAUGGCUUGCGACCCCACUCGAAACAGCUACUAGACGCGUCCGCAGGGGGAAAAAUCAAGUUGAAGACUCCGGAGGAAGCAAUGGAGCUCAUCGAGAACAUGGCGGCCAGUGAUCAAGCAAUCCUUCGUGAUCGAAGCUAUGUGCCUACAAAAAGAAGUCUUUUGGAACUUGGCACGCAAGACGCGACAUUGGCACAGAAUAAGCUGUUGACGAGGCAGAUUGAAGCCCUUACCGAAACCCUCAGCAAACUACCUCAACAGUUACAAGCGGUAAGUUCUUCCCACUCUUCUGUUUUGCAGGUAGAAGGAUGCCCCACAUGCGGAGGAACCCAUGAGCCUGGACAGUGUGUAAGCCAACAGGAUACUUCUCGAGAAGUAAACUAUAUGGGCGUACCAAAUCGCGGAUACCAGGGUUACAACCAGGGGAACUCAUCUGGAUUCCACCAAGGGGGAGCAGGAUUCAAUCAUGGGCCACCAGGAUUCAAUCAAGGAAGGAACUUCACGCAAGGUUCAGGGUGGAGGAAUCAGGGAAACCAGUAUAAGGAGCAGAGGAAUCAACAACCAUACCAACCGCUAUACCAGCAUCCUAGCCAGGGCCCCAAUCAGCAAGACAAGCCCACCAACAUAGAAGAGCUCUUGCUGCAAUUCAUCCAGGAGACACGGUCCCAUCAGAAGAGCACGGAUGCAGCCAUUCGGAAUCUGGAAGUUCAAAUGGGCCAAUUGGCACAAGACAAAGCUGAAAGGCCCACUAGAACUUUCGGGGCUAACACAGAGAAGAAUCCAAAGGAAGAGUGCAAGGCCGUGCUAACUCGAGGGCAGAGGAAAGCACAAGAGGAAGGUAAGGUUGAGGAAGAAGACCAGACAGAGGAAGAUAAGACAGAGACACAGGAGGACAGGACAGAAGUCGAAGAGAAGGUGGCAUCACCACCUAAGACAAAGAGCCAGAAAGCACGGGAAGCCAAGAAAGAAGAACCACCAGCCCUACCACAAGAUCUCCCAUAUCCUGUGGUGCCCACCAAGAAGAACAAGGAACGCUACUUCAAGCGUUUCUUGGAAAUAUUCAAAGGGCUGGAGAUCACUAUGCCAUUCGGGGAAGCCUUACAGCAGAUGCCCCUAUACUCCAAAUUUAUGAAGGACAUCCUCACCAAGAAGGGGAAGUACAUAGACAAUGAGAACAUUGUGGUAGGGGGUAACUGCAGCGCUAUAAUACAGAGGAAGCUACCCAAGAAGUUUAAGGAUCCCGGAAGUGUUACCAUCCCAUGCACCAUAGGGAAGGAGACGGUGAAUAAGGCCCUCAUUGACUUAGGAGCAAGCAUCAAUCUGAUGCCCUUGUCAAUGUGCAAAAGAAUUGGGAAUCUGAAGAUCGAUCCUACCAAGAUGACGCUUCAGCUAGCAGACCGUUCGAUUACACGACCUUACGGGGUGGUAGAAGAUGUCCUAGUCAAGGUCCGCCACUUUACUUUCCCGGUGGACUUUGUGAUCAUGGAUAUCGAAGAAGACGCAGACAUUCCCCUCAUUUUAGGAAGACCAUUCAUGCUGACUGCCAACUGUGUGGUGGAUAUGGGGAAUGGGAACUUGGAGCUGAGUAUUGACAACCAGAAGAUCACCUUCGACCUCUUCAAAGCAAUGAAGUAUCCACAGGAAGGUUGGAAGUGUUUCAGAGUAGAAGAGAUUGAUAAGGAGGAUGUCAGUAUUCUCGAGACACCAUAG